GGUCCACGGUCCAAGAUCACAGCGCGCCUCACAGCGGACCGCAGCCAGGGCGGCGCCUGCCUAUAAAAUCCCCUCCGCACUUAUUCCCCGAUUUCUGAACAUUCCUACCUCUCCCCGGCCGACCACGUCCCAGCCCUGCGCACGCAAUCAUGCCUUCAGAACUGGAAGGAGCCAUGGAGUCACUCAUUAAGGUGUUCCACAAGUACGCCUCUAAGGACGGCCGGAGCGGCACACUCAGCCGGCGAGAGCUCAGAGAGUUGAUGGAGAACGAGCUGUCGACCUUCCUGGCGUCUCAGAAGGACCCUGCUGCUGUAGACAAAAUCAUGAAGGACCUGGACACCAACGGAGACGGCCAGGUGGACUUUGAGGAGUUUGUGUCUCUGGUUGUUGGACUUUCCAUUGCCUGUGAGCAGUGCUAUCAGAUGCACAUGAAGAAGAUGGCAAAGAAGUGAAAGACGACAGCAGAGGAGACUGGCAGAAACCAAAAAGCAUUUCAUUUGUUGUAAAGAUUGUUUCUUUUGUCCAUUAAAUACACUAAUGAAUUUC